AUGCUUUUUCGCUCUAUCGCUGGAGAACUUCCCUCAAUACCUGAUGAUCUUUCAAUUCCUCAAUUCAUACUGGACUCUCAGCAUGAGUUACGACCAGACCGCCCACAUGGUCUACCGUGGCUUGUGGCGGACAAGUCAGGCAAGACACUUGGACUAGACGAGAUUCAACGGAGAACAAAUGCGUUAGCAGUCCGUCUUCGCGAUGGCUUUGGCAUCAGGCAUAACGAUCCCGUCGUGUUUUUCAGCAGCAACCAUAUAGACUACCCCAUAUGCAUGUGGGCCGUCCAUCGGCUCCUUGGAAUUGUGACUCCCUGCAACCCGUCCCUUACUGUCCCAGAACUUGUGCAGGUCCUCAAGCUUGCAAAACCAAAACUUAUCGUCAGCCAUGUCGAUUGUUUGGCGGUAGCAGUUAACGCCGCAGAGAAGUUUGGGAUCGGGGCAGACCGUAUCAUUGUUCUGCAAAAUCAAGACGAAAGUCCAUCCACGCAAUCAGCUUUCGGAGACUCGAAGACUGUCGAGCAUCUCAUUCAGGAGGGUUCUAAAUCUACGGAUCUCAUACAUGGAAGACGAUUUAACUCUGGCGAAGCAAAGACGCAGGUCGCGUUCUACAGCUCGUCUAGCGGCACCACUGGACCGCCGAAGAUGGUCAAAAUCUCGCACUAUGCAUUCAUAGCGGAUAUCAUUCUCACGGCGGCGUUGAAUAAAGUGGGAAGAAAGGAACUAAGUCCUAGAUAUGUUCCAGGAGAUCGAUGCCUCGGUGUUCUCCCGUUCUAUCACAUCUAUGGACUGGUUCUCAUAUUGCAUUUCAACUUCUUCGCAGCAAUAUCUGUCGUGGUUGUCUCAAAGUUCAACUUUGCAGAUAUGCUUCACAGCAUUGAUAGAUAUAAAAUCAAUUCUCUUAUGGUCGUUCCCCCUCAAGUAGUCCUCCUUAGCAAGGAACCUAUAGUCAAGAACUACGACUUAUCGCAUAUUCGAACGGUUCUCUGCUCUGCAGCCCCGUUAGCAGGUGAACUAUAUGAUCAGCUCAUCAAACUAGUGCCCCAGGCUACCAUAAGCCAGGCUUACGGCUCCACGGAAGCGACGGGCGUAGUUUCUAUGACCCAAGCUAACGAGAAGCAUGGUCGUCAAUGUGGAAUCAUGGCUCCGGGGAUUCAGGGACGUGUCGUAAGAUCUGAUGGCACUCUUGCGGGUUACGAUGAAGAAGGGGAAUUGCAUAUCAAAACGCCCGCUUCUGCUAUGGGAUAUCUUGAUAAUGAAGCAGCGACGAAGGAGACUUUCUUAGAUGACUCUUGGAUGAGAACGGGGGAUCUAGUGAAAAUAGAUAGGAAUGAUGAGAUUGUUGUUCUUGAUCGUGUCAAGGUCCGUGGAUUCCAGGUCGCUCCUGCAGAACUCGAGGGCUGCAUUUUGGACCAUCCACUCGUUGCGGAUGUUGGCGUUGUUGGAGUCCCAGACUCAUUCAGUGGUGAAGUUCCUCUUGCAUUUGUGACUCUCACGCCAGAAGGGCAUAAGCUACCUUUGAGUGACCUAAAAGGCUCACUCCAUAAACAUGUCGCUGAGAACAAAGCCCCGUUUAAACAUCUUCGUUACAUCGAAGUCAUUGAUUCAAUCCCAAAGACUCCCAGUGGCAAGCUUCUUCGACGUGACCUUCGUGAAAAGGGUAGAAGCUUGGUUGCUCGGGAGACGAAGCUCUGA